CCAACUGUCCGCUUGAUAUAUUAAAAUCGGAUUGUAUUAACUCUCAAUUAGGUUCAGAAUUAAUUAAAUAUUUAGGAUUCUCAAUUAGCAAUUUUCUUCUAGAUUUUGAUCCUGAAAUUUGUGAAAACGUUAAAGUUGCUGCUCAAACUGUUAUACGAAGGAAUGUUAUGACAUAA